UGUGUCCAGUUGUUUGGAAUCAAAACAUAACACUAAAAACAGUAAACACUGUUAUCAAAUUGACAACCUGCUCUUGUAAAACUGCUAUCAAACUACUUCGUAUUGUGAUUGUACAGAAAAUUAUGUCUGGUCAUCAUGGGCAUAGCUGUCAAGGCGACCACGAUCACGAUGACACCCCUGAAAUGGGCAUACAUUAUAGUCUGUACACAAAAAUUGACACUGUAAAUCUAGAGUGCCUCAACGAAAAAACCGAGAACUCUGGGAAGGAUGUUUUUAAAGCGUGGGAAAAUCGUUUAAGUUUUGAAAAGUUUGUGGAAAGUGAUGUAGAUGAAGAACUGCUCUUCAAUAUUCCGUUUACUGGGAAUGUCAAGCUGAAAGGCGUGAUUGUGAUUGGAGGAGAGGGUGAAACCCAUCCUUCACGAAUGAGAUUUUGGUUUUGUUUCAGGUUCAAGAACCGGCCUCACAUGACUUUUGAUGAUACGAUGUCGACACCUGACCAGGAGUUCGAACUCCACCCCGACACAGCGGGAACCAUAGAAUACUCGACAAAGGUGGUGAAGUUCUCCUCAGUCCACCACUUGACAAUGCACUUUCCCAGGAACUUCGGCAGCGAGUCGAGCAAGAUAUAUUACAUCGGCCUCCGAGGGGAGUACACGGAAGGGCACAGGCAUGGCGUGACCAUCUGCACGUACGAAGCGCGCCCCAACCUGUCAGACCACAAAACUAACCUGAUGGACAGCGUGACCCACCAAGUGCAGUGAAAAAAAAAAAGGAAAAAUAUUUAUUUACUCAGAAUAUUGCUAUGAUGCCGAUGUGGAUAGGCACUGGUGUCCUUCAUUGUGAGAGUUAAGUUAUUCAUUGACUCUGUUUUCACAUUGUAAAUUUGGUCGAAAAUGUGUGGACCCCACAGGCAAUAUAUGGGUGUAAUGUUGUGAUAUUUACUUAAUUGACGAGUAAAUGAUGUGUUAUGUAAUAAAGUUGUUUCCUGAUUUCUUA